UUUCCCAUCUGACAGUUUAGCAAGAGGACGUGCUAUAGACCCAAAACAGACUGAAGAUGCUGAUUCUGAUGUGGAUUACAGUGUUGUCUUUUAAUUACACAGGUUCCGCACAGAGAAGUGAUAUAAAUCAGCUGACAUCAGUAAUCACUGCUGAUGUUGGUGAGAACGUGACUCUGCACUGCUUUCGACUGGGAGAGGAUAACUCUGGUUCCAUUGUUUGGUACAAGCAAAAAGUGGGACACGAGCCUCGUGCAGUGGUCACAUUUGAACAUGUUCCCUUUUAUGAAAAUCAGUUCAAGUCAGGAAGAUUCAGCAUCAAGAAAGAAACAAGGGGUGUCCAUUUAAAUAUUGCUAAUGUGGAACCGUCAGAUGAAGCCAUGUAUUACUGUGGUGUACUAAGAUUUUUACCAGUCUUUGGAAAAGGAACAUUUUUAUCAGUAAAAGGUGAUGGAGAUGUAAAAGUCUCAGUGUUCCAGAGCGGCGUAUCGGACUCGGUUCCUGCAGGAGCGUCAGUGACUCUGCAGUGCUCGGUUGUCUCUGAGAGCAGAUCAGCAGAACUCCAAGUGCUCUGGUUCAGAGCUGCUCCACCACAAUCCCAUCCUCAAAUCAUUUACACUCAUCACAACAGCAGCCGUCAGUGUGAGAGCGGCUCUUCUACACACACCUGUGUGUACAACUUCUCCAAGAACAUCCUCAGCCUCAGUGAUACUGGAACUUACUACUGCGCUGUGGCCGUGUGUGGGAAGAUCAUUUUUGGGAACGGGACACGAGUACAGUUGGGUAAGAACACAUUCACUGACCAACAUUUCGGGGAAUUAAUUCCUACUUAUUCUAUAGUGAUCUGCCUUGCUGUAGCUUUGGCACUGUGUGUGGUGGUGAUCUAUUUUCAAAUUAUUUUAAGCUGUAAAAAACAAAAAUUGGACCAAAACAGAGUGGAAAUUUCACAAGGUUCAAUUAUAGAGAAAACACAAAAUCAGGACCCCGAUGCUGUGGAGCUGACUUAUACGGCGAUAAAUUUCAAUGAAAGGAAAACUAGAAGUGGAAGAGCAAAAAGAGAACAGAAUUCUCAAAAUUCUGUUUAUUCUGAAGUGAUACACACUCCUGUUACUUAGAUCACUGUUAAUUUUUCAUUAUUAAUUCAUGUAACAGAUACCUACUGUAUGUCUGCUCAUAGUAAAUAUUUAAGUAAAUAUUUAUUUGAGCCAAAUCAUUGUAAACACAUUCAGUAUCUUGUAAAAUUGACAUAAUG